AUGAAAACAUUUCCUCCUUUGGCAGGCCAAAACCAACAACCCGGGCAGGCAUGGUUAAAACAACCCCAAACUCCAAUCAAAAAGCAAAAACAGAUGCAGGAAACGGAUGUUGCACUUGUGAUGGGUCGUGCUGCAUGGUGGAAGCCCGCAUUGGCAACAACGAACGCAGUCGCGGGCGCAACGCCCCAUAGCAAAAAUGGGCAAAAACUUACAUUCAACGAAGCUCUGAAAGAUUUCCUGCAGAAUUUUUCAUUUCACUGUUAUGGCAAAUUAGUUGAAACUGGUCGUGGAUAUCAAGAAAAACUAUUUUGGCUGGCUUUCCAUGUUGUUGCAUUGUCGGCCCUAAUUAUUUUCCUCUUGAAUUACCACGGCACUGGGGAUAGCCUGUUGACCACCUCCAUUUAUGACCCUUCAUAUGCCAUAAGCCGUGUACCAUUUCCGGCCGUAUCCGUGUGUCCAAUUAAUCGCAUUUCAAAUGAAUCGGCUAAAAGUUAUGCCCGAGAACUCAAAAGCAAGGAUCCCAGAAAUCGUAGUGUGGAGCAUUUCUAUGAGCAAAUUAAAUUCUUGUAUUACAAUCACAAUGUUCGUGGAGAUAUGCCGGACUAUGAGAAAGCCUUGAAAUUUCAACGAUUUUUAGAUAUAUUCGAUCGCAAAGAGGAUGAGCUGUUUUACAAUACACGACGACGAAUGACAAUGUUGACUCCCAGUUGUCAGAAUAUUUUGAAACGUUGCCGCUUGGCUGGCAAAGAUAUUGAUUGUGCUAAGGAGUUUACUGAGACAUAUACUUCCAAAGGUCUGUGUUGCACCUUCAAUCAUGAUGAAAAAUAUUCCAAGGAACGUUCAACACACAACCGUUUGUUUGGACCCGACAUGGGGUUGCUAAUAUUAUUGAAUGCAUCACAUGGCGAUGAUUUUUUCCCCUCGACUAUUGUUGACAGUUACGAGAUUCUAAUUCACAGUCCAAGAAUACAACCCAAUCCAUCGUCCGGCAGCGUUGAGGAGCGUAUCAUACAAAAUGGCACCGACACAUACAUAUCAAUAAAGCCUAAAAUUUUCCAAACUAUACGGGAAGUGAGCCAUCUAAAACCCAGGGUGAGAAAUUGUUUAUAUCAUGAUGAAAUACCUGACCAAUUUGGUACGGCUUACACCUUCAGCAAUUGCAUUUCGCAUUGUCGUGCACGCAGCAUUGUGGUGUUAUGUCAGUGUCUACCCUUUAUGAUGACCAGCUUGAAUCUUUCAUCGUCUGUGGCAUACUGCAGUUUGGAACAUAGGGAAUGCUUAAUGCGCUAUGACUUUAAAUGGUAUAAUGUCAUCACCGAAAGGCGAAAUGUGCCCGGACUUGAACGUGAAAUGGAAGACUCUCUAUAUUGCCCAGAUUGUUUACCAACCUGCACUGAGGUGCAGUACAGUGCCACCCUAAUGGAUUUGCCUUUAAAUGAGUACAAUAUGAAAUCGUUUCCUCCAACCAAAAAAAAUCUCAGUGAUUUGGCUAUCGUUCAUGUCUACUUUGGUGUUACAAAUGCUGUGUACUAUCAACGAUUCCUUAUGAAUUCCUGGUUUGAAACAUUUAGUUACAUUGGCAAUAUUUGUGGCAUUAUUGCCGGCUUCUCUUUAAUUGGCAUUGGUGAGGUGGUAUUCUUUGUCUUACAGCAAAUGUACCGGGCAUUUCGCAAUGAGCUCAUGGCUGAACAGGGCAAGAAUGGCAACAAGAAAGUGAAAACAGAAAAGCCCCUAAUGAUUUUACCCUAAAUGUUAUUGGUGAAAGUUUUCACAAACUUCAUCACUGAAGUGGUUAUUUUAUUUAAUUCACUCACUGUAAGCUGCACUGGAAGUUUAUCGCUUUGGUUGUCGUUUAAACUGCACUAAAAUAAGUUAAAUACAUGUCG